ACAACAGCCAACGUGCUAACCUAUAUUAGUCACGAACGUGUAAGACUCCUGGCAGGAGAGCAGUAUGUAUAUAAAAUGCGACGUUUUAGUGCUCCUUUUAACUGUAACGUUACAUAAAGGUCCUCUGAAGAAUAGCAUAAAGGUUAGCUAAUCGGUGCACGGCGAGCAAGCUAACAAGCUAGCAAUGUUAACGGUAUUUGGGGUUUAACGUUACUGAUGUUAAAAAGUCCGCAGCUGGCUGAGUUGGCUAGUCUGAAUGGAAGAGCUAACAAGCUAACUUAACUAUCGCCCGAAUUGGUGCGAAGUCCUUCUGGAGACAGACUUUCAGAGGACUAACGUUAACAUAAAUGAAGAGGAAUGGAAAGUAACGGGGAACAUUUCGAGCGCUGGGUCUUAAGGUUAUUUACAACUGGAUACCCAUAGUAAAGGAUUAGCUUGUUUUCUACGUGGAAUGACGACAUUUUCACCGUUCAGCUGCCUCAAACACGGGCGUUGGUGAUGCUGUCGGUCACUGGCCAAAUGCUCCGGUUGUCCGAAUUGGGACAGAGCAUCAAAACUACAUUAUAAAUCAUGAAAAACUGCGAGUAUCAGCAAAUCGACCCGCAGGCACUUCCGACACCAACCCCGACCCCUCCACCCCAUCAUGGAAACGACAGUGACAAGAGAGAGGAGCCGAAGAGACCGAGGAGAAAGUGGGAAGUUUUCCCCGGAAAGAAUCGCUUCUACUGCGAUGGACGGAUCAUUGUGGCUCGACAGAAUGGGGUCUUGCCCCUCACUCUGGGCCUUAUUCUCGUCACAAGUGGAUUAUUCUUUAUAUUUGACUGCCCCUUCCUGGUCAAACACCUGACCAGCUGCAUACCUGUUAUUGGAGGAGGCCUCUUUGUAUUUGUGGUCAUCACCCUGCUCCAGACUAGCUUCACUGACCCCGGCAUCCUGCCUAGAGCAACGCCAGACGAGGCUGCAGACAUUGAAAAACAAAUUGACAACACUGGAAACGCCAGCUAUCGACCUCCACCGCGCACCAAGGAAGUCCUCAUCAACCAGCAGGUGGUGAAGCUCAAGUACUGCUUCACCUGCAAGAUGUUCCGUCCUCCGCGCACCUCCCACUGCAGCCUGUGUGACAACUGUGUGGAGCGUUUCGACCAUCACUGCCCUUGGGUGGGGAACUGUGUGGGCAAACGCAACUACCGUUUCUUCUACACCUUCAUUGUGUCGCUGUCCUUCCUGACGGCGUUCAUCUUCGGCUGUGUGACCACGCAUCUAGCACUGAGGGCUCAAGGUGGAAAAGGCCUGGUGUUUGCUUUACAAGAGAGUCCAGGCAGUGCUGUGGAGCUGGUGAUAUGUUUCUUCUCAGUCUGGUCCAUCCUGGGCCUCUCAGGCUUCCAUACAUACCUGGUUUCUUCCAACCUGACCACUAAUGAAGACAUUAAAGGCUCCUGGUCAGGCAAGAGUGGAGAAGAUGUCACCAACCCAUACACUCACAGAAACAUCUUUGUCAACUGUUGUUCUGUGCUCUGUGGACCCAUGCCACCCAGCUUGAUCGACAGACGAGGGUUCCUGCCCGCAGAUGAAUCUUCCCAGACUGCUGGCGUGGACAUCGAGCUGCCCACUCUGGCAACUAAAAGCGAGAUAAAUGUGUGCACACAGGGAACUAAAGAUCUGCUGGAGUCGGCCACUCACUCUCCUCUCCUGUCCACCUCAUGUCCUCAGGGGAAACCUCAGACAACUCAUACAUGCCCAGACAACAGCACUGCGUUGAACACUGACCCCUCACCGGAGCUCUCUACGAGCUGCGGGGCUCGCAAUAUUGCUAGCUACCAAGGCAAUACCUCUCCAUCACGUCACGCCAAGACUCGGUCAAAGAAAAGUAAACGAGCAGCUCUGCAUAUCCCCAACCCUGCCUCCGAUGUCCCUGUUUCCCCUACCUCUCCAGACACUGGCCCCAGCUCCAAAGCCAGGGGCCACCAAGGUGCCGCCUUUGACCCUUUGCACUGACUGACUUGAAUGACGGCUUUCUCAAGUGAAAACACACAUCGUCUGAAGCUUGCAUGCUGUAACACAGUCAGAUACAAGUGGUAUGAAUUCAAGAUGUUCUUUAUUGUUUGGUGGUUUUCUGAUGGUCCUGGGUGUGGUCAUUGUGGAUGACAAUCACAAAGAUAUGGAAUUACGUGAUCUGUUUGCAGUAGAAACACUAGAGCAGAAUGGUUGGAGAUUAUUCAGGCUGUAAAGGAUGCAUUUCAGCCCUUGGUGUAGAAUGACAAAAAUUUAAUUUGCAAGAUGAAGGAACUGGUGUACUGACGGAGCCAUAUGUCUUUCUGAUGAUUCUUGUGUAAAACAUGAAUUUUACCAGCAUCAAAUAUUGUAAAAUACUGGCUCUGAUGUAUCAGGUGGACAAACUCUGGGAGCUUGAAUGGCUUCGCAUGGAAGACUCAAGCUCAGAAUCUGUAUGCAUCUGUAAGGAGAAGAGUUGCUCUCAAAGGGAAAGUCCAUCCCAAAUAUAGAAUUCACAUAUAUAAUUUCUACUAUAAAAGACUGUGCAGCUGAGUUUGAGCAAGUUUUUGAGCAAGAGACAUAUAGGCUGUGAAUAAUUGAAAAAGUCAUGGGACACUCACAGCAGCCAUGGAGCGUUUUCAAGGAUAUGGGGAUAUUUUGACAAUAAUAUCUGAAAACUCUGUGUUCAAAUCAUUCUCCUUUGGAAGUACUGAUGGCUGACAAAUUAAAAGAAAGCCCAGCAUAAAUAGUAUUGGUAAGAGCACCUUCAGUGAUCACUGUCAUGGAUUUCUAACUUUGUGAAACUGUACAGGAGGAAGGUAUUCCUUCAUUUGAUGUUUUUAUGAUGGUAGUGGAGACAUCCAUUUCUGAAAACUGGCAAUCUGACAAGCAUGUCUAUAAUGAUUGCGCCCUUAUCUCUUUUUAAACAUAUGUCUCACUUCUCUCUAUAACAGCACUUACAUAUACACUUGCUUUUUGACGUGUUCAGACGCCACAGUAAUUUGUUUCAAGCAUGCCCACCUUAAAGCAACAUUAUGUAGUAUUUUUAUCUUAAACAUCUUCAAAAUCAUUUUGACAUUACACUGACUUGUAAUAGAGCAAAUGGCGUCUCUGUCAUUGCCGCUCUGGCCCAGUAUUGCUUGGUAUUGUCACCAUGUGACAUUGAAAUCCUGGGCAGGACCAAACUAUCGUGAGAAUGGUGUAAUGCUUUACGGCAUAAACGCAACUCCUCCGCAAGCAAGCUAUAAGAUGAAGUAAAAUAUAUAGAAUAUACAAAAUGAGUUCUGAGGAAGAAGCUAGCUUGGUAUUCUCAGUAUGGAUAUCAUGGCAGAGGCUGUGAAGACAGGCACAGCCUCUUUAAUCUGGCUAAUGGUGGAGAGAGCACUGUUUAACACAUUGCUCUAAAAUCUUUAGUAAUAGGUUUUGAGUCGGGUUGAGGUAGUGAAGGUCAUAGCACGAGAUUCAUAUAAUUUUCACCUCUGCAUUUCUCUCCACAUAUUCAUUCAGGUUUUCAUUAGUUGCCAUCUGUAACAUCUCACACAAAGGUAUUGGCCCACUGAGUUCAGUAAGUUAUCCAGUUUCAAUUGUAAUGGCUCAGCAGAGAAACAGUUUUGAACCCAGGUGUACAGCUCAGGACAGACAGGAUAAGUUCACAUUUACUUGUGGUCAAACAGUUCAAACCAGGCAGCCAAAUGGCUAGAAAGCUAAGGCAGAGGCCCAGUCAUCGAUCUGGCAAAGAGUAGGCUAAAUGAUAAUGGGCGGAAAUAUAUACUGCAGGGCUGAUGGGUUAAGUGGAAACAGGUGGAAGGAGAGGUCAGGUAUGGCAGGGAAGACAAAGCAGACAUGAGAAUGGGUGAAGUUGGCUCACGUGGCAUCAAUGGACCAACCCCAAAAAUAGUCAUAUUUUUGGGCUGUGAUAUUGCCACAGCUUUUUUUUUGUUUAAAGGUGUUGACUUUACUAUCCAAAAUGUUUUUUGCACAUGUGAAUUCUGUUUUUGUGUGGAUUUCAACUUUAACGCAAACAACACAGUGACUUACGUGUGUAUCAUUUGUAUGCUGUUGUGUGCUGUUGUUCAGAUUUCUGUGCUGUAUAAAUGGCAGCGAAUGCAACUGCAUGAUAAUGGCUAAA